UCGCAGCCUGGGCCCGCUGAACUAUGGCGGCCCCGGAGCCAGCGCCAAGGCGGGGCCGGGAGCGGGAGAGGGAGGACGAGAGCGAAGACGAGAGCGACAUCCUGGAAGAGAGCCCGUGUGGCCGCUGGCAGAAGCGGCGAGAGCAGGUGAACCAAGGGAAUAUGCCUGGGAUCCAGAGCACCUUUCUGGCCAUGGACACGGAGGAGGGGGUAGAAGUAGUGUGGAAUGAGCUGCACUUUGGCGACAGGAAGGCUUUCUCCGCCCAUGAGGAGAGGAUCCAAACUAUGUUUGAGCAGUUGGCGCUGGUGGACCACCCCAACAUUGUCAAGCUGCACAAGUACUGGUUGGACUCGUCAGAGGCCAGAGCGAGGGUCAUCUUCAUCACAGAGUACGUGUCAUCGGGCAGCCUCAAGCAAUUUCUGAAAAAGACCAAGAAGAACCACAAAGCCAUGAGCACCCGGGCCUGGAAGCGCUGGUGCACGCAGAUCCUCUCUGCUCUCAGCUUUCUGCACGCCUGCAACCCCCCCAUCAUCCACGGGAACUUGACCAGUGACACCAUCUUCAUUCAGCACAAUGGCCUCAUCAAGAUCGGCUCUGUGUGGUACCGCAUCUUCUCCAAUGGGCUUUGCACUUCUGUAGAGCUCCCAGAUGAUCUCCGGAGCCCCAUCCGUACUGAGCGCCAGGAACUGCGGAACCUGCACUUCUUCCCACCAGAAUAUGGCGAGGUCGCAGAUGGCACUGCAGUGGACAUCUUCUCCUUUGGAAUGUGUGCGCUGGAGAUGGCUGUGCUGGAGAUCCAGGCUAAUGGAGACACCCGAGUCACAGAAGAGGCCAUUGCUCGAGCCAGGCACUCACUGAGUGACCCCAACAUGCGGGAGUUCAUCCUUUCCUGUCUGGCCCAGGACCCUGCUCACCGGCCUUCUGCCCACAACCUCCUCUUCCACCGUGUGCUCUUUGAGGUGCACUCACUGAAGCUAUUGGCAGCCCACUGCUUCAUCCAGCACCAGUGUAAGGGGCAGGCAGACCUCAUGCCUGAGAAUGUAGUGGAGGAAAAGACCAAGGCAAUGGACUUGCACGCCGUCUUGGCAGAAAUCCCUCGGCCCCACCAGCCUGCAAUGCAGUGGCGAUACUCAGAGGUCUCCUUCUUGGAGCUGGACAAAUUCCUGGAAGAUGUCAGGAAUGGGAUCUAUCCCCUGAUGAAUUUUGCUGCUGCUCGGCCCCUGGGGCUUCCCCGUGUGUUGGCCCCACCCCCUGAAGAGGCUCAGAAGGCCAAGACUCCAACGCCAGAACCCUUUGACUCAGAGACCAGAAAGGUAGUCCAGAUGCAGUGCAACCUGGAGAGGGGUGAAGACAAGGCGCGCUGGCAUCUCACACUGCUUCUGGUGCUGGAGGACCGGCUGCACCGGCAGCUGACCUAUGACCUGCUACCAACCGAUAGUGCCCAGGACCUUGCAGCUGAACUUGUGCACUACGGCUUUCUGCAUGAGGAUGACCGCAUGAAGCUGGCUGCCUUCUUGGAAACUACCUUCCUCAAGUACCGAAGGACCCAGUCCUGACCUGACCAACCCUGGAGGCCCGGCCCAGGUGCUGCCGGCUCAGGGUGAGCGACGUGGGGAAGAGUCCAGCACUGCUGGAGCUGUCCUCACCAGCAUGCCUGAGAGCCGAUGAACACCAGCCUGUCAGUGAGGACCCCCAACCUUCCCCAGCAGUGUGGGGCCCUGGCAUGCUAGUGGGGCCAGUGAGGGGCCAAGGGAGCCUGGGUGGGGUGGGGGAUGGGGGUUAGCCCUGAACAAAUCUCUGCCAAGGGAAUGGUUUCAUGUGGUCAGGGAGAGCAGCCAUACCUGGUUGGUGCCACAGUCAGGCUAGGAGCCUGGACCUCAAACCAGAUGGAGCCCUACAGGUGUCAGACACAGCAUUAGGCACCAGAGAGGGCCGGAACCAGCUGAAGAAACAGAAGGUAGAGGGCCUGGAGUUGAGGCCAUGGUCCACAAAACCUCUGGUCCCAUGCAGAACCACCCUGGAGCACCCUUCUGGCCUUCCACUCGUUCUGAGACCAGGACCUGUGCCCCCCACCCCCAUAACCCCUCCAAGAGGCUGUUUGUCUCUUAUUUUCCCUGACCUGGAGGGGUCAGAGGUCAGGAAUCUACCACAGCCCCAUCCUGAGACAGCUCCUCUGGAGCCCUGAGAAUGUGCAUUCCUGGCUCCCUAUCUCUUUCCCGCUCAACUACUGUUUCCACCUUAGACAUUUCAAUACCCUGGUGAAUUCUGCACACACAUGUACACACACGUGCACACACACACACAUAAUCCCUUGCUCUGAUCUCUUAGUUCCUGGGCUGUUUAACAGUCUUAAACAUUUUAAGUUGUUUAUAUAAAUUUAAUACAUCAGGUUUCUUAUUAAACAUUCCAAAUGUCAAAACAGGAAAGGUCUCUACUGUUAUUAGUUCUAGUACAUUGCCACUGUAAAAUUUAUCACAAAAUUGGUGGCUCAAAAUAUAAAUUUAUUAUAAAUUUGUCAGAAUAGGUCAAAAGUCUGAUAUGGGACUAAAAUUAAGGGGUUGGCAGGCUUCAUUUCUUUCUAGGGGACUUAGGGGAGAGUCCACUUUCGAUUAAUUUGGACUAUUGGCAGAUUUAUUCACUGCCUCGCAAUGCUAGGGCUAAGAUCCCCAUUUUCUUACUGGCUGUCAACUGAAGACCAUUCUCAGCUUCUUGAGGCUGUUCACAUUCCUUGGCUCUCUCUCUGCCUUCAAGGCCUGCGGCAGCAGGCCAAAUCUUUGUCUUAAGUCAGCUGGUUAUCUGCUGCCAGAAAAGUUCUACAUAAGGACUGCUAUGAUUAGGGUGGGUCCACCUUGAAAACCUAGGAUAAUCACCUUAAAGUCUAUAAGAUUAAGCACUACUACAAAGUACUUUCUGCCAUGUAAGCUAACACUCACUGGCUCCUGUGGUUAGAGAAUGGGCAUCAUGAGGGUGGUGAGAUUUUGCCUAGAAUACCAUCCUAACCAAAAGCCAAAAAACCAAAACAAAACUGCCAAGGCAUAUCAAAUUAAAUGAACAAUUAUAGUGAAUCACAAGUUAUCUUAAACAUCCAAUACUAUUUACAACAUUUUUAAAAAUUUCAUACCUUUCAACUUAAAAUGCAGAUUUCAAAUAACUUACACAGUCUAGGAGGGAAUCCUACUGUUAAGCUGUCUGAUUGUGCAUGGUCAUGUUGAGUGGCAAACACAUAACAGAUUGUACCAGUGAUUAAACUGAACUUAAAAGCAUCA